AUGGGCUUAGAAACUAAAGUCGAUCAUCUCAAAGUCAUUGUUUUCGAUCUUGACUACACACUGUGGCCGUUCUGGGUAGAUACACACGUAGAUCCACCGUUUCAAAAGAAGGGAGACAAAGUGUAUGAUCGAAACAAUCAGCAUGUCACAUACUACAAAGAGGUUCCAGCUGUUUUGGAAAAAUUAAUAUCUUUGGGAUACGAAUUGGGCAUUGCUUCAAGGACAGGUGCUAUCGAAGAGGCUGAAGAUUUGCUUCGACUCUUCAACUGGAACCAGUAUUUUUCAUACAAGCAGAUUUAUCCAGGAACCAAAACCACCCAUAUUAAAAGGAUCUCCAAGGACAGUGGAGUCAAACUGUCAGAAAUUCUCUUCUUUGACGACGAGUCACGGAACAUUCGUGAUUUAACAGCUAUCAAUGUCUGCAGUAUUCUCGUUCACAGUGGAGUGACCAUGGAGGUGGUGCGAAAAGGCAUUCAAACGUUUGUGAAUUCAAGUUAA